UCACGGUUGGCAACGACGGGUGACAAAAGUCAAUGUCAGUGGCGAUUAUUGAAUUUCGUGAUAACCAGGAAUUGCUUUUCAGGAUUCCCAGCCAAAUCCCAUCUCAUUUGUGCGUUCCUUAAGCUCCAGCCCGUUGAAAACUGCAAUUCCAAGACAGUCAAAAACCCUGAUUAGUUAAGUGGGCCCCACUGUUGCAGAAUGAUCAAAGUUACAGUAAAAACUCUGGACUCCCGGAACCAUCAGUUCGAAGUGGAGGAAACGCUGACAGUCACGGAGUUUAAAAACCACAUCGCCCAAACCGUGGACAUUCCUGCUGCUCGACAAAGGAUCAUUUACUGUGGGCGAGUUCUUCGUGAGGACGCCAAACUUUCCGACUAUGAUCUCAACGACAAAGUGGUACAUCUGGUGCAAACUGUGCCCCCUAAUCCAGGGCCCCGCAUCCACCGCUCCUUGACGCCGCCGCCCGACCUAAAUCGGGCACGGGGCGGCUUCCGGGGCUUCGACCGCGUUGGAAACACCGUCUACAUGGGCAUGAGCCCGGUGACCAUUCCUCCUAGCAUUUUAGAUCCCCAGCAGAUGAUUCCUCCCAGGGCCACACACACUCUGAGCUCUAGCCGACUGAACGUUGCCCGAAGGAUGUUGCGCCACGCUGAGAAUGUGAUUCGGCAGCUGGAGAGCCCCAAUGGAGAGGAGCCGCCUGUUCAGCCCGAGGAGUCCAACGAGGAGGAGAUGACGCCCAUCAUUGAGGCCAGAGUCAUUGUCCCGACCAACCCCAAUCAGCCCAUAGACGGAACGGCCAUCUUAAAUGCGGUGCAAAACUCCAUUUUUCCACCCUCAAGCAUUGUGAACAUGCCGACCAACGCAAGCACAACCGCCACUCAGGGCACAACAUCCCGUGAUAGUCUUCGGACGUCGGCGUCGGAAAACUCGAGCGCAGAAGGAAUUGGCACCGAUUCGUCGCAUACCGAUCCACAGAGUCCACCCAGGCUGAGAUGCCGAGGAACGCAAAUGGCUGCGUUGUUAUCCACUCUGAAUCAGUUGCAGGCCCGAUACGCGCCGUUCUUGGCGCGCUAUCAGGAUUUCAUGCAGAACGACCCCGAAGUGCCUCCAGAGGAAUUGGAAGAAACCAACCAAAUGCUGAACAGGGUGUCCCAAGUGAUGCACUUCCUAGGCCAUGCCUAUCACAGCCUAAGCGAUAUAAUCAUUUUGCCCAGCAAUCCUGCGCCCAGGCCAUUGCUGUGUCGGCCGAUUCUGAUACAGCCGCCCGCGAUGGUCCCCGCCGGGAUCCCAAUCCAGCUGGAGGCACAAAUCAAUUUGACGCCUGAUCGGCCAGUGGCGACGUCCAGCAGUACAACUGCAACCAGUUCCACUGGAACGACGACAAAUCCCACGAUGGUGGGCGCUUCUGAAGCCGCGAACGCCACUGAGUCUCCGUCGCAACCCUCGCAACAGGCUCAGCCCAGCAUCACUUUGCAGCCCGGGUUCGUUGGAAUUCCACUUGUGCCGGCCUCGAUGCGGGUGUUUACCACUCCGGUGGAAAUCCGCCCGCUUCGCAACGCCGCGCCGCGGCGCCCGCCCAACAACAACAACGUAUCCGCUGGCGGUGCUCGCAAUCCGCAGCCCACACUGUCCAACCCCUUGGGCAUUUUCAACAAUAUCCGCGUCCGUAGUCAAGUUUCCGCUGAUGUGGCGCCUGCUUCAAACGGUGCGAACGUCCUGUUGGCACAGGGGUCUCCAACGAUUGGCACGAACGGCCGCGAACUGGAGUUUGUUAUGGAUGUUACGCCGGAAGAUCUGCGAGGGGGCAACCUGAUUCAGUCGCUCAUGCAGAUUGUGGGCAACCAAUUGGGGGAUACACUGGCCCAGGUGCAAGCUGUGCGGGGUGGGGCUGCGCCCAAUCAGCCACAGGCGGAUGGACAGGCUGCGCAACAGCCCUCGCAGGCACGUUCCACGCAAACGAAUCCGACGGCAGGCGCCCAGCCGCGUGCCGCAACGCGCCCUCAUGUGCACAUGACUCAGCAAGCGGUACAGGGAGGCUUUGAUCCGUUCUUGCACUGCUACUCGCACCAUGUGUGCCAGUCCCGACCUCAAAGAAUUGUGACCGUCGAGCCCCAGCAACAGGCAUCGCGCACACCUACAGAUGCAGGAACGGCGCCGCCGCCGCCAACUCAAACGCUUGCCGAACGUGAAGCGGCAGCUGCGCGCAUAAGGGCGCAUCUUGCCAGCGUACUAGAUGCUGCGAACGCUAGAGUUAGACAACGGGCCAGUCAGCAGGUGACGGAUCCUGCGGUGGCGCCGCCCAAUGAGUCGGCGCCUCCGGCAGGAGCUGCGCCUCCGAGGUCGAGCAAUCCCUCGCCUACCGCCCGCGCCUCUGCAGACCUGAUCAACUUGGUGUUGGGGCUAGUAGAGCGGAACUCCGACUACGUGGGCCCGUCGCUGAACGUGUUGGUCCAGAACUUAACCCAGGCGCCGUACGUUCAGGGCGAGCAUCUCCUGAUCGACCUGAUCAUGCUGGUGUUCGGACAGCUGCAAUUCAGUGACUUUAUGGCGAUGGUGACUGGGUCCUGGUCGCCGCUAUACCGCCAGAUGCCCAGAAUUCAGCGCUUUUUCCUCGAGCAAGUUUGCCGCAACGACGUCUCCGACGCCGGCAUCGCUCAAGCCACUGAAAGAAUCCUGGCCGAGUUGAACCCGGUGAUUGCUGCGCUGGAGACGCUCCCAACCAGGGAAAACAUCAACAUGGGGCGCACCGCGCUUCACUACAUCAGGGAGAACGUGCCGGCCAUCAUCCGGCAGGCAAUCGGUUCUGUUGCAGGGGAAGGCGAGGACGAAGCGGCGACUUUCUUUGGCAGCAUUUUAACGCUAGUCCGCGAGCUGUUCGCCCUGACCAUCCGCUGCUGCGCCAACGGGCAAGAGAGCCUCGUGACGAUGUGCAACCAGAUUCUGCAAUUGUCCACAGUGCUGAGUCCGGCCGGCGGCCUCAGCGAGGUGCAGCGUUCGGCGCUCUGGAGCAUUAACACGCUGCUCAGUGCCUAUUUUCAGCAGCUGGGUGCGGAAGAGGUUGGACUUGAUCGGUACUUGGUGAGAAACGAACCAGUGGAAAUUCCUGCGGAGCACCAGGCAACUGUUCAGGAGCCUGUGGAGUCCAUGGAAGUGGACGCGGCCAGUCCACCUGAUGCAGAGCCGCCGCUUGCCGACGAAACCGAGCCGCUGCCCAACGUGAUUUGGGGCGCAGAACAAUGGCACGCCCAAACCCCUGAGGAAUGGGUGCCGCUGAUCAGUAGAGACAUCCAGCGACAGCGCAAGCAAAGCGCACAGCCACCGUUCAGCGAUGCGUACAUCUCAGGUAUGCCGAGCAAGAGGAGGAAGCUGAUCAGCAACUCCAAGCCGCAAGGGGGCGUGUCGCAGACGAUUUCCGAGAGCCUGCGCCAAGUGGUGACCAAUGCGGGACUGGCGGCUGCUGCCCCUCUGGACGCGGUUGCAGAAGCAGCCGGCGAAUCGUCGGAGAUCCAGUCGGCCUACGGCAGCCUGCUCCAAUCAACGGUGCAGGCGAAUCUGAGCGCCAAUCAGGACUUCAAUCCGGAGCGCUACCCGAACGCGGCCGCCUACUUUCGCGAGUCUCCGCCACAGUAAAGGUUCGUUAUAGGUUUGGAUUUUGCAGAUUUGUUGUUUUAUUCGGGUAACUGUGCGAAUUGACGCAGUUUGUUUUCAAAUGAAGCUAACCCCACCUGUACUGCAUUCAGUCAAUUUCCACCUUGCAAUUCCUUAGGGUAUUUAUUAUCUUCAUGUUAUAAUUCAAAAUAAACACGUAACUUCUAAA